AUCGAGCAUAAAAAUAUAGUGAUAAUCGCACUAAUUUUGUGAACUAAGUUGCAGACAUUGGAAAGUGGAAAAAAAUACAAAUACUACAAGUCAAUGUGCAAAACCCUGAUGAUAGAGGAUAUUUUGUCCAACAACUCGAAUGUCGAAAAUGCCAAAAAGCUGACGGAGGAAAACAUUGUAUUGAGCGAAAAAUAUCAGAGCUCCAAGAAAGCUUUAAAAAAGACACUGGACAACGUCGAAUUUUGGAAAUACCGUUACGGAUCGUAUUUUGACGAAUCCUACGUCGGGAAAGAUCAAAUAGAUAAAAGAGAAAUACUGAAGUUGAUAAUUUCAACGUUCAAUCUAUUGAUUAGUAAAGGAUAUAUGUGCUAUUGGAAAUCAAUGGCCAAGCUACUGACGAAAAACGCAAAGCUCUGGACGACGCCGACGCACGACCAAUCCGGAAUGAUCUUUAAGGUCAAUUUUCCGUUCGAUGAAAAUACAAAUUUAAAAAGAAACAAUAAUCAUAAAAACGAUGGGUUUAAGUCCUUGGAGUAUUAAAACAAUAAUAUUGUUGUUCCUGUAUAAUAACAAGGCACACACUAUUUGAGGAGAUCUAAGAAAGCUGGUCGAAAACAUUACAUCGCAAGGUAGUUCAUCACAAACGAUUUGCCAACAAUUCGUCAAUAACACUGAAUUAUUUUUCACCAAUUAUACGAAUUUAUUAAUUUACAUAUUAUUUA